CGCGUCGGACAGCAAUUACCCUGUAAUUGAAUAAUUAGUGACCAAAAAACAACGCAAAAGUGAACAAAAAGAUUACACAAUGCAUGCGCAAAUCUCGAUCCAUUCAAGAACAUCUGUCUUGUUAAACAUCUAAAAUAAACCUAUUUCAAAAUGGUGAAUGGUAACUACGUGCUGUACGGGGACAGGCCAUCCUCGGAGUCAGAGAUCGUGGACGAUCACGUGCACACACGCACAGUCGACCGCAAGAGUAAACGCAAAGCAAACAGGACCGCUAAUGAGCUGCAGCACACGCUCAACGUUGCGCAACUUGACAACGAAACUGACUCUAUCAAAUACGAAAAAAAGGUCAAAGAGCCACGGCUCCUGCGGUAUGUUCCUACAACUGACGUUGAAGAAAAUUAUGUAACUGAAAAAUUUGAGACAUACGAUUUGAAGCCAACAGAGGAGAGGCCGCGGCGAUAUGCCUUUACGAAGAAACCUAAAAACCCGACAGAUGGUUCUGUUAAUUACGCAUAUUCUCGGUCGAGUAGCAGUUGCAGCUCUCCAAACGGGAAUUUGCCAACUAUAUCUGAACAUGGCGAGCAGUUUGGAACGUAUAGAGUCCACUCGCUUCCAAGUCCUGUGAUUGGUGAGAUGAUCACCGGCUACGAGACGAAACUAGACAAAUAUUUCUCCAAGCCGAGGGAAGUGAAACGGUUUACGGCAAAGGGUUCGCAUCCGGACAGUCUGUACAGAGUGUCAGCGGGAACCGGCGUGGGAUCAGGGAAAAUGGCGAGGACUCUUCGGAUCCUGAGGUGGCCUGCCGCCCUCAUCGUGGUGUGCAUCGCUCUCGCUGUCUUCAUAUACUUCCUUAUGCCUGAUAACAUGGACGGUCAAUUAGACGCAGUGAAUGGAACGUACUGGGAACCGGCCGCCGCAGGUGUGCGCGCGCAGCGAGGUCCCGACAAACCUGACCGCAGACCACACGAGAACAAAAAGAAAAUUGAAAACACACGCUUGCAGUCACAUGGCACCAAAACAUCGGAAAUCGAUUUCUACGACGCUGAUACCGACAAAAACUACGAUUUGACGUCAAUAAUAGACACAAUAACAGAAACAAACCCAAAAAGAAAAUUACCCAUUGCACCAGUGUUCCCCAGUCACAUUACACCUGAAGUACAAUAUGGGAACGAGAAAGCUGAUUCAGAAAAACUAAGGACUCCAAAAAUAUUAGAAGGAACGGACGUGUUACCAGAAGAUUCUACUCUUAAACCUCAUAUUACACAAAAACCUGAAAAACCACUGGAAAUAAUAUUUAAAGACGGCGCUAUAACGACUACCACAACAGAAACUAUAAAUCGGGCAGAAACUGUUAAUGAAUUCACUAAUUUUGAAGAAAAAAUAACGACAAAGAAGAUUAGCGAACCUCUCCUUAAAUUACACCCGUCUUUCUAUAAGGAUUAUUCUGCUCCAGUGCCAAAGGGACCUCAAGUUGUCAACAUUAGAGAAGACGUUAUUCCACUACCAGAUUUACCUCCAGAAGUGCAAGAAUUUUACAUUCGUCGCCCAGUCAACGUUGACGCCAAUUUUACAUCAGGUCACUCUAAACUUUUCGGCAUUUCUAUUGAGGAUGCAGAAAAAAUGAGAUCUACAACACAAAGUUCGUUGUACAACACACGGGUGUCCCCCACGCUUCCCACGUGGCGUGACGGCGAUGACACCACCACGAAAAAAUAUCCAACCAAUUUCAAUUUGGAAGUGCCGCAAUGUGGUUCUACCCGACUUGCACUAUGUCGUGGAGUGCUACCCUAUGACUUGGCAGGCGCCGCGGCAAACAUAGGCGGAGUAGAAGUCACCUCGCUGAUGCCUCAAAUAGAAUAUCUGGUGGCGACCAAUUGCAGCGACCGUGCCAGGCACUUCUUGUGUGCCCUGCUUGAACCCGAGUGUAAUCCACCUCCGUAUCCACCGAAGAUGCCUUGCCACAACUUGUGUAAAGCAAUUAUUGAUAGCUGCGACGGUUUGAUACCAAGAGAAUUGACACCUGCGUUCAAGUGUCAUCAAUAUUCGAACAACAACUGCGUUGCUGCCAAGAAUCCUUGCUACCCUCGCGAGCUAGGUUGUGGAGACGGCACGUGUAUACCACGGGAUUGGAUAUGCGAUGGAACCCGAGACUGUCCUGCUGGAGAGGACGAGGUUGGCUGCAUUACUUGUGAAAAGAACGAAUACCGUUGUGCUUCGGGUGGAUGCAUACAAAAGCGCUGGCUCUGUGAUGGAUACGCAGACUGUGCCAAUGGUGAGGAUGAAGAGGAUGAUCUUUGUGGCUCACGAGGUGGUCACGUGGUGACAGGAGAUAGGGGAGGUGAACCUGGUGAAGACGCUGCAGGGUCGGCACCAGCGCCUGCUGUGAGGAAACCUAACCGCGUGCCUCCUCCGCACCAAAAAUACAGUGACCUACGUGUAUUAGGAGAAAAUGACAGUAGCAAAGAGCUCCUGGUAACAAGUGACAGUAGCCAUCCUUACAAAAGAAACUUCACCAGACGACCAUCGCCUUCGCGACUGACUCCUUACAUUCGCCGCGUGCCGCCACCAGUAGAAACUACACCAAAUUAUGAAGCUGUUACCCUCAAUGUCGAAAAUGAUAAGACUGAACCAAAGUCAUAUGCAGACAAGGAAAAUAUUGAACAAAAUGAAUCUAUUGAGGAUGUAAACAUAGGAGACUUGGGUUUAUUCGAUGAUAUUAAGAAAGAAGAUCAAGAUAAUAUGGUAAAGCGUAUAGCGCAGAAAACAUCAACUGCCAUGCGAUCAAAAAGUAUGAAAGAAACAGUGGCAUCAACAACGGUAGAGCCAACGAUCACGCGUCUGGAUAAAACCAUUAACAAGUUAGAAAGGGUAAUCAAUGGCGCCGCAUUGUUAAGGAAAGCAGUAGCGCAAGAAAAAUUGGAAGCAGCUCAAGAUGACAUCGAGGAUUCUCCGGAAAAGAACAACACAUCUAAAGGAGAUGACCUUCCGUCUGGACCCAGAAGUGGCUCUAUAAGUGCCCACGUGUCUCCAUGCCCCAGUGGGGAACUUCGUUGUGUCGAUGGUAGAUGUAUCACUCUAGCACAGCUGUGCGACGGUACCAUCGACUGUUCGGACCACGCCGACGAAGACAACUGCUACACGUGACCUGUGACGGUAAGUGGUGAGUAGCGCGGUGGUACGAGUGAUGGAGCAACUCGGUGCUUUAAAGACAUUGAUGCCAUAGCUUAAGUGUGUGUGAAGUUAUCGCCAAUCUGGUGAAAGAUUUCGAACGUGAAUUUAUAGUUUUAGUUGAUGAGUUAUUGGGUGUAAUGUUUAUGUGAGGUUCUUAAAGGUCGUUUAAGUCCUAUUUAUAUCGAAUUUAAGAGCUUGGUAAAUGCACAGGUUAUAUAUGAAGCUCAAGUGCGUCAAAUGAUUCCUUUAAAAUUAUUUCGCCUAAAAUUAUUUUUAACGUAGGUACAAAAUACACAGCUGUAUUAGCGAUAUUAAAGAAAUAUGAGCGGCUGUAAUUAUCUCGUUUACAUAAUACUUAAACGGCCUUAUUACGUGUAGUCGAGUUAAAAUCGUUUGUAAUUACAAUAUAUAGUUACUUCAGGUAUAAGUAUAAUACCCGUUUAUGUACUUGCAUAAUGUACUUCGUUUUAAGAAAUUAUGUAUCUACCUACUUUGUUACAUAAGUAUAUAAAUUCUAAAAGAAUAGAUUCCUUAAAUGUAAAUUGCCAUCUAUACGCUACUAUUGUUUGAAAUUCAAGAUUAUAAUUCUAAUGUGUAUCUCAAAAAUUAUGGUUUUCAAAAUAAUUAAAACCAAAUUAUUUAUUUACUUACUAGUAUAUUGGGAAAAAUAUAUGUUUGUAUAUUUUCCAUACAUUCCAAAUGAUUACAUCUUUGAACUGUGUAUAAGUAUUCGUUAUUCCGUCUACUCAAAAAUUGUUUAUUCUGGAAUAGGUUAAUAAAAAAUGUUGUGGCAUGAAUAUGUACGCUGUGAUCAGCAAUGCAUUGGAAUGAAUCUUUUUAGAGUAAUUUAGAUGUUGCGGAAUUAAUCUACAAUCUAUUAUCAAUAGAAAUUGUGGAAAGACUAAAAUAUUUACAUAAUCUGACAGGAAACUGUAUAUCAUCGUCGAUACAAUCGAUUAUGAAAUAGCUUAAAAUCCAGGACAUAUUAUUUUAAAUUGAAUAAUUUAGUGGUACCUAGUUGUCAUAAUUUUACAAUUUAUAAAGUAAUUCAUAUAUACAGUGAUAUAAAUAAAAACGACUAGAUUUUAAAACAUAAAUACGCAUUUGUACAUAAGUUUCUUAGUUUUAGGCAAUGUUUAUUUAUCCUGAUCGACAGUUCGGAUUACUUAUACUAAAUUUAACUUGUAUAAAUAGAUAAGGGUAAGUUUUUAAGGCUGCUUAAAGUGAAUAUCUAUCUUUAAAAUAAUUAGACGUCAUGAAUGCCAAGUAUCCGAAAGAGGGGCUGAAAUGAAAAUACUACAGUAAGUAUAUAAGAUCCCUGGUGACAAAGUUAAGAAUGGCCAAUGGUAUCUUAAAUUUGAUGCAUUUCGUUGCAAACUUAAUGAUCGUAAUAUCUUUUGCAAAAUACUUUAGUCGUGUUUUGAGUUUGGGAAGGUCAAAAUGUACAACUUCUUUACAUAUUUCAAAAUGGUGAUUAUUUCGUCCUUGUUAUACUAAAAUGGCAUUAAUUGUUAAAAAAAUAAUAUAAGUCAAAAAGCUUAGUCAGAAAGAAAUGUCUCUUUGCCACUCAAAUUUUUGCAGCCACAUACACACUAAAUUCGUCUUAACUUUUCUUUUAAUAACAGCUUUAUAACAAUUCACAGAAGUUUUCAUUGCAAUUUAAAAUAACAGAUAAUUUGUUUUUGUGAAUGAUUAUAUGUUGGACUAGUCACAGGUUCACGUUGCUUUCAAAUUCGUGAAACUGCGCUAUGGGUUGUUCGCAGUAUUUAUCGCUUGAAUAAUUUCUAAGCUAUAAAAACAAUAUUUGAGGCGAUUCAGAAUAUGAAAUAAAAUUAUUAUAAAGAUCAGUAUCAGAUAAUCCAUUAUUAUCUGAUACAGUUACAACAACAAACACGUACAAUUACGUUUCUUUUUUUAUUGAAUUUGUUUUCAUAAGUUAAUUUUGUAUAUAUAUUUCCUUUUCCUUUCUGUGUAAAAUGAUGGUAAUUAAGGAAGGAGGAAGAAUUUAAGGAGGUCCAAAGUAAUGUCAUAAUACUAGAUUUUGAAUUUUUUGAUCAUAAAUAGCUGAGCUGUAUUUACAUUAUAUAAUUGACAGUACUUUUAGAUCUUAGGAUAUAAAAUAUACAAUUUACGUUUUAGUAUAAGUUAUGUAGAUAAGUUAUUGCUAUUGUUUUUUAUAUAUGCUCUUACAUGAAGUUAUACACAGUUUGUAUAUCAAUAAAUAUAUUGCCAUGUUAUAAA